GCACCUUUGAAGGUCUUGCCGCGGUGUUUGGCGGGCUUCGACCGCGUUCCAAAUACAAACCGUCGGCGCGAGCAGCACACCGGGGCAGCCGUCCUGCCACAGGGACUCGUUGCUGGACGCUGGGCUCCCGUGGCUAUCUCUGGUUGUGAAUGCAAUCUCUCCCUGUCUUCUUCGGAGCCCGCUUCUUUGCUCAGCCGCUGCUGGAUCCAAGCUGUACUUGUAUCUUACUCUUCUUCAAAAUAUUUAUUCUGCUGGUACUGAAGAGGAUGUGUUCCAGGGACAUACUUUGUUGUCAGAAAUCCCAUUACCUGAGAAGCUUCAUGCCCAGAGGAUUCAUUACUCAAGGUGAAAUAGUGGCUGAACGUAAUGUUAAAUAAUGGCGACAGGUGACUUAAAGAGAAGCUUACGGAACCUAGAACAAGUGCUUCGUUUGCUAAGUUAUCCUCAGGAGGUGGAUUGUGUAGGUUUGAUAAAGGGAGAGACGGCGGCAUGCUUGCCCAUCAUCAGCUACUCCCUGACCUCCUACUCAUCUUACGUAGCGGAGCUUCUGGUGGAGUCCAAUGCCGAGCUCACAGCAAAGAACGACUUGCGCUUUAUAGACACUGUCUAUAAGCUUCUCCGUGAUCAAUUUAAUUAUAAACCAAUCUUGACGAAAAAGCAGUUUCUCCAAUGUGGAUUUGCAGAAUGGAAAAUCCAGAUUAUUUGUGAUAUUUUGAAUUGUGUGAUAAAAAAGCACAAGGAGUUGAGUGGUAUUGAGAAGACUCCUUCACAACAAAGGAAAAAAAUCAAUUUUGUUAAGCCAGAACCUUCUUCAAGCAGUGAGAAAACAUCUGUAGAACCUGUCGGCAUUGACAUCACCGGCAGGUUUAUGACUUCAGGCAAGAAGAAGGCUGUCGUGAUCCGUCACCUCUACAAUGAAGAUGGUGUGAACAUUCCUGAGGAUACGUUACGCACAGUAACAGAUGUUAAUGACACAUUCACUGUGUGUGAGAUAAAGGAUACCGAAAUAAAGAAUCCUGAAGAAAAGGUCCCUGAAAUCAAGUCGGAGCAACAAGAUAUAAAAGUUAAUCCUGAGAUUACUGCAUUGCAUAGUAUGCUUGCUGAGUGCCAAGAAAAACUUAAGAAACUGACUCAGAUAGAGAGCAGAUUAGACUCUUUGGAAGAAAAAAUGAAAGGAAAAGUGAUGGUAGAUGAGAGAACCUGGACUAAUCUUCUCAGUCGUGUCACUCUUCUUGAAACAGAACUGCUUCUGUCCAAAAAGAAUGAUGACUAUACAGAAUAUAAUGAAAUGAAUGAAGAUUAUUCUUCUACUAGUGACAUGGAUAUUCUGAAACUUGAGAGAAAGAGCAAAGAAAAGGAAGCAAAUAUUCCUCUGUCCUCUGGUUAUAAUAGUACAGUAUCAAUAGACUCAACACCCAGAACUUCAGUUGUUAAUUACUGUGGCUUGAAAGAAAUUUCAGAGGAAACAACAAUCCAGAAAAUGGAAAGGAUGAAAAAAAUGUUUGAAGAAACUGCUGAAUUACUAAAAGGUUCAAGUCACUAAUUACAGAAUUUUUCUACAUGAACUUUUCCAGGAUGUUAGCUGUGGUACAUGUUGUAUAUUUUAAGAAUUCUCUAUAAAUUUUAAUAUACUAGAAUAUUUUUAUUAAGAAUCUUAAUUCCAUUUAGUAGAUGAGCUUUUUCAUUUAGUGUCGAAUAAAUGCUUAAAUAUUUUUGUGCUGUGAUUGUAUGGUUUUUCUCUGUUUUACUUUUCCUAGGAAAACUCCUGUGCCAGUACAUUUCUUUUACAGAGUGAAGUCAUUAUAGCACCGUAUUUUUGUGUUGACAUUUGUUGGCAGUGUGCUAAGUAAUGUGUUUUUAAAGUACAGGCUUCAGGACCAUAGUUUACAUCCUGUUGGAAACACUCCAACUGGGACUUGCAUAUUGUACCCAGGAGGCUGUCGUACAUACCAUUUUGCCAUCUGUACUGAUGAGUAUGUUGUAAUGAAAAGUUCAAAAUGCUCAUUGAAAAUUAAAUAAAACAAAAAUAUAGCGAUUUAAUGCUUAGUGAAAAAGCAGCAACGCAUUUUCAGUUAACAUUGAGAAAGUGCGGGUGUGAGUCCCCCUUGGUAUUUAGAAGCAGGUCGGCGAGUUCUGUGAAGAACGUGGUGAGGACUUCAGUGCUCUGCUCAGUGACACGUUUCGGACCAGCCACAGAGACACAGAUGGUGGCUGCCCGCUGUUACAAGUACACGGGAAGGGGUUUUUUUUUUUUAAGUGAUGGGAAGUAAUAUAUUUUUUUGGAGAGAGAAAAUGUCUUAGAUGAAGUUAAAUCAAGAGAAAAAAGAAAUUCACUUUAAAUUACUAAAUAAAUUAUUAUUUUUUAACUUUAUAAAUAAAAAUGUAGUAAUCAUCCUGGAUAAUCUUCAAGAAAAUUUAUUCCAUUUUUUGUGAGGAAACAGGAGAGUACUUUUUCUUUGUUAUUAUUGUUUAUCUGACUGUAUGUUAUUUAUUCAUCCAUUUAUAUUAUAUGUGUGUACUUUCAAAUUUGUAACAUGAAACAUUACCAUUAAGAUAAAAUUCUUAGUAGAAAUAACUGUUAAGAAAGCAUAUUUAUUAUUCUAGUACAUGCUGAGUAAUUAGACUUUAAAAUUAUGAACUUUUAAAGUUCACAUAAAAACUCACAUUUACUAGUUUCAGUAAACAUUCUAAAGCAAAUCCAGUCAGCUUUAUAUUUUCAAUUACAAAAAAUGUAUAAAAAUCAAGAACUUCAAAGAAAAACUCUUAAAAUUAACUUCUAAAAUAUUAGUACCAGCAUGGAAUUAUAGCACCACCUUGUGGUUCAUAUGCCACAAAAAGUGUUUUUAUCUUUUAUUAAAACAAGUGAUUUUCCGUGAAA